AUGACACAGUACGUCUUCGAGAUGGCGAUGACUUGCGGCGGAUGCGCCAACGCCGCUCGGCGAGUUCUUGGAAAACUAGGAGAAGACAAGGUGAAAAUCGACGAUAUCAACGUGGAGACGAAGAAGAUCACCGUCACCACGGAUCUUCCCGCAUCUGAAGUGCUCGAGGCGCUGAAAAAGACUGGAAAGGAAAUCAAGCAAUUGGCCUAA